CCAUGACUCUGGCUAUUGCAUCAUCUCCCGACUGCCCCGCAACGCGCUAUCCCAAGAGAAGACAAGAAGCAAGCAAGCCGCUUGAUCUCAAUAUCCUCGACCUCUUUCGUUUGAUAGAUGAACAACGCAACCCAUUGCGGGUAAUUCCCUUACGUGCAGUAUAUCCGAUUUUUUUAUAAAAAAAAAAACCCCCCUGACGAGACAUAUUGAGUAAGGCCCUUCCUCCUUUAUCCGGAGACAGGAAGCUAUCGCAGGGGACUCUUCGGCUAUUACCUACCUACCAGGCAUCCACUUCGCAUAGCGUAUCCUAGGCUUGGCGCCUCGCACCCAUGGCGGACUUGUCCCAGAAGCCCCUGCGCAUCGGCUUUGUGCCGGAGCACUUCUCCACCCCGCUCUAUUUCGCGCAGAAGCACUUCGGCCUCGAAGCUACCUUGGUGCCGUUCCCGUCCGGCACCGGCCAUAUGAUCACCUCCAUCCGCGCCGGCGAGAUCGAUGUCGGUAUCGGCCUCACUGAGGCGUGGGUGGCCGGUCUGGGCAAGGAGGAUGUGCCCGGCGACGGCGGCUAUCGCAUCGUCGGCACGUACGUCGAGACACCGCUAUGCUGGGCGAUUUCUACGGGCGCCUCGCGACCCGAGAUUACGUCUGUAGCGUCUCUCAAGGGGUCCAAGAUCGGCAUCUCGCGCUACGGGUCUGGGAGUCAAGUGAUGGGGUUCGUGCUGGCGGACCAGCAGGGAUGGCUGUCCUCGCCAUCCUCCGACAGCGGCAGCAGCAGCAGCCCGUACGCGGACUUCGUCGUGCUGCAGACCUUUGAAAACCUGCGGCGGGCGGUCAACGACGGAACCGCUGACUUCUUCAUGUGGGAGCACUUCACAUCUAAGCGGUACUACGACAGCGGGGAGAUCCGGCGCGUCGGCGAAAUCUAUACCCCCUGGAGCAGCUGGAAGAUCGUCGCGUCCACGGCGCUGCUGCCGAGGUCCGCGAGCGGCGACGCCGACCGGACUUCAGACCCCCGGCUGCUGGACCUGUUCAGGAAGCUCGAUCAAGGCGUCCAGUACUUCAAGGAACACCAAGACGAAGCCGUCAAGUACAUAAGCACGGCACUCGAUUACUCGGAGGCGGACGCGCGCGAGUGGCUCAGCACCGUGCGGUUCGCGAGCACGACCGAGGGCGUCGACGUCAAGGUCGUGCAGGGAUGCGUAGAUAUCCUGAAGAAGGCCGGGGUACUGAAGGAGGGCAAGGGCGUGCAGCCCGAGGGCAUGCUAGUAAAGGGGCUCGGCGCGCAGUUCCCAUAGCUAGACUGCCGAUUGUAUCUAUCUUGAGGAUACGAACGCACAUACAUUAUUCUCUCUAAUAGGCCAGACAGAAAGCGAUAGCUGUUAUGGAAAGAAAAGGGACCAGAGUGUGUUUUGGCGCCCCCUUUUCACUGGCUAUACCUAGGUA